AUGACAAAGUAUCGUUGUAAAGUCUGUAAAAGAACAUUCUCAACUCCCAAUGGAUUAAUACAGCAUGUCAAUGCUAUGCAUCAAGGAAAGUCAAUAAUUCCUUCUAUCCAGCAAAUACCUCAACAAUCACAGCACUCGCAAGGCCCACAAGAAAUAUCAAUACCAGAGCAUGAUGAAGAUUUGUGGGGCACACCUAUUAUGAGGGUGUCAGAGUCUCUAAUUUUUUCAACAACUUAUGUACAAAACCUCGUGGAAAUGGAAGACAUAGUAGUAUUUGAGAAAGAAAAUAUUAGUGAAGAUCUAAACAGAGAUCAAGAAAUAACUGAAAAUACAUCAGAUAAAGAAUCACUAGUAAACUUCAAAAGUAAUGACUUCGAUCCUGAAGACCUUCAAGGAGCAACACUAACAAUUCAAGCUCUUUUACAACGACCAGAUAUAAAUGAUAAUAUUGUUCUCAAAGGAAUUCUAAAAAAGAACGAUAAUAGUGAGAGAGUUUUUGGAGAACCAUACGAGAGGAAUUGGUGGCUUGAAACAGAAAAAACUCUUCCACUAUUGAACUACCUACUAUCAAUUAUCCUUUACUCUGAUGCUACCACGUUUGAUGGCUUUGGCAAGACUUCAGGACAUCCGAUAUUUCUAACACUUGGAAACCUUCCAAAUUGGGUUCGAAAUUCGCCAAACUCCAAAGUUCUUUUAGGAUUUUUGCCUAAUAUUAAAAACACAGAAAUUAAAACUACUGAGGCCUUCCGAAAUACACAACACAAAAUAUAUCAUAAAUGCUUACAAAUAAUACUCCAUCCUUUGUUAGAAAAAUCCAAUACUCUAUAUUUUGGAAUUAGGGGACAGCCAGUAACUUUUGCUGCACGUAUUUCAUUUUUCAUCUCAGAUAUGUUAGAAGCUGAUGAGGUAACAGCAACAUAUAAAGCAGCACGGUGUAAUAUGCCAUGCCAUACCUGUAUGGUUCUGCAGAAUGACUUAAAUCAAAUGAAUCUUGAGUUAGAGAAAAUGCUUCCUAGAACCCCAGAGAAUAUGCAGCAGGUAAAACGCAAAGAAAUAAUACCAACGGUCAAUAAAAUAAUUCAUCGAAAGACUGAAGGGUUUGGAAAAAUACUUUGGGAUCUAAACCUGGAUGAAAUUGAAUCAAAGGUAACACUUUUAAAAAAGUUAAAGAAUCUACUACACCCUAAAUUAGUUGAAGGAUUAUCACAAAUAAUUUCUGCAUUGGAUACCUUUUUGGAUACUUCAUUGCAAGACUCUGAAAGAGAUUUCCAGGGCAAAGAGUGGUUUAGUAAUGUUUCAGUUACUCCUGCAAAAGACCAAAAAGAAUCAGCUGAUGGUUUAUGGUAUGGAAAGCCAUAUGAACUUGCAUUAGUUCACUGGUAUGAUAUUCUGUCACAAGAACCUGAACUUUAUAGUUGUUCGCAAUUAUAUUAUUCUGAAGAAUACGAUAUUAUCUCUAUUGGAUGCAUCAUCCAAGAAGUACAUAUUGUGCCAAGAUUUGAUAAAGAGAAUU